AUGAUUUUGACGAGGUCCAUGCAACCGUUGUUUCGUGGCAAUCGUCCAAGAUCCCUACAAUGGAUAAAAAAGAAUUUCAUCUAUACGAUUAGCUCAGCAACGAGUUUUCAAAAAAAGCCAUCCGUUUUUGAGGAUUCCGAACCCCGUGACCAUCCUGAUGCCGGAGAAGAUGCCUUUACUAACCUAGAAGAUUCAAAAUUUGGUUUCAAUGCCGUCUUAGACGGGGUCGGCGGCUGGACAAGUAUUGGCGUCGACCCAUCCAAGUUCUCUUGGGGACUGGUUCGAGAACUUGAAAGAGAAUUCAAGCAUUUCGGCGACGACAAGUUUCCUGAUCCUCUUGCCAUUUUGACAAAUGCCUUUUCUUCCUUGAAGAAAAGCAAUAGUGUAAAAGCCGGCUCUUCUACAGCAUGCGCUACACUUUUCGACAAGCAAUCAGGCAAGCUUCAUUCGCUAAAUUUAGGUGAUUCUGGAUUUCUAAUCCUUCGUAACGGAUCCAUAUUUUAUGAAUCCCCUCCUCAGGUUCUUCAGUUCAAUAUGCCCUAUCAACUCGCUAUUUACCCAUCCUCUUACGUUUCCAAGGAUGAAAUUACUCCUUAUAUGAGUGAUCUAGCCAAACACCAACUUCAAAAUGGGGACUUGGUCAUUCUAGCUACAGAUGGAGUGUUUGACAAUUUGAACUCCCAAUCCCUGCUAAAGGUUGCCAAUCAUGCACUUUCAGAAUAUUCUACAGAUAAAAACUUUACAAAACAACUGGCGGAUUCCAUUUGCGACACUGCUGUCACAAACUCUAAGAAUACAAGGUGGUAUUCUCCGUUUUCUAAAGCAGCAAAGAAUUAUGGAAUCUAUUAUCGUGGCGGAAAAAUCGACGAUACUACCGUCACUUGCAUGCUUGUUCAACAUGCCUCAAGUUGA